AUGAAUUUCCUUCGGAGGCGUCUCUCAGACAGUAGUUUUGUGGCUAACUUGCCAAAUGGUUACAUGAUGGACCUUCAGCGUCCAGAUAAUUCCACCAGCAACCCUGUUUCCCCAGCAACAGAGAGGAGGCAGCAGCCAAUUCAGCAACCAGCUGCUCUUUCUUCUGGUACCAGCAUCUUCAACUCUAUCUCCAGUGCCAUGAAGCAAACCACACAAGCAGCUGCAGGACUCAUAGAUCAGUCAGCAAGUCCUGUCCCUGUAGCCCAGCAGAAACCCCAAAUUCUCUUGAUAAUUGAUGACCCCCACACAGAUUGGGCUAAGUAUUUUCAAGGAAAGAAGGUGAAUGGGGAAUUUGAGAUCCGAGUGGAACAGGCAGAAUUUUCAGAACUCAACUUGGCUGCCUAUUCAACUGCUGGCUGUAUGGUAGACAUGCAGGUCAUCAGGAAUGGCACAAAAGUGGUCAGUAGAUCCUUCAAGCCUGAUUUUGUUCUCAUCCGUCAGCAUGCUUACAGCAUGGCCCUAGGAGAAGAUUUUCGCAGCCUUAUCAUUGGUCUCCAAUAUGGUGGGGUUCAUAGCGUUAAUUCACUUUUCUCUAUCUACAAUUUCUGCAGCAAACCCUGGGUGUUCUCUCAGCUAAUUAAGAUUGUCAGCUCAUUGGGUCCCGAGAAGUUCCCUCUUGUAGAACAAACAUUCUUCCCAAGCCAUAAGCAGAUGCUCACAACUCCAGUUUUCCCAAUGGUCAUCAAGUUAGGACAUGCUCAUGCAGGAAUGGGAAAGGUGAAAAUUGAGAACCAGCAUGAUUUCCAAGACAUUGUAAGUGUGGUAGCCAUGGCCAAAACAUAUGUCACAACAGAGACUUUUGUUGACUCCAAAUACGACAUCCGAAUCCAGAAAAUUGGCAACAAUUACAAAGCUUACAUGAGGACAUCAAUCUCUGGAAACUGGAAAGCAAACACAGGUUCUGCCAUGUUGGAACAGAUCGCCAUGACUGAGAGAUACCGACUUUGGGCAGAUUCUGUUGCAGAGAUGUUUGGCGGCCUUGAUAUCUGUGCAGUCAAAGCGGUUCACAGCAAGGAUGGGAAAGAUUAUAUCAUUGAGGUGAUGGACAGCUCAAUGCCUCUGAUAGGAGAGCAUGUGGAGGAAGAUAGGCAACUUAUAGCUGAUAUGGUGGUCUCCAGAAUGACACAGACUUUAAUGACUGUGGGAACUUCUCCUUCACCUCUGAGGCCUUGGCCUCCAUCACUGAAAUCACAAAUGCCAGGACCCCAUCUUGGACAGCUUUCCCAACCUCGACCACCACCUCAAGGUGGCCCAUGGCAGCCUCAAGGAUCACAGCCAGGAGCCCCACCCCAGCAAAGGCUGUCCCCACAGGGUCAGCAACCUCUGAGCCCUCAGUCCACCUCAUCACAGCAGCAGAAGUCACCUGGAUCUCCUCAGCAAACAAGAUCGUCAGCAGGAAGCUCACCAAGCCAGCCUUCCAAAUUAGGCACAUUUCCCUCCCAGCAACCACGACCUCCGGCACAAGGAUGGGCUCCUGGCCAAGGAUUCAGUGAACCUUCCAAGCAGCAUCCUCAUCUGAACAAAUCACAAUCCUUGACAAAUACCUUCAACAUCUCAGAAUCUUCACAGCGAGGUAUCACAAAUGAAGAUGAGGCAAAGGCUGAAACCAUCCGUAACCUGAGGAAGUCAUUUGCUAGCCUGUUUUCUGAUUAGCAUCACAAACCUUAAGAGUAAUUUUGGAUAUUUGGGUCUUCUUUCCAUGCAAAUUCCUCUCAUUUUAUAGUUCCCUAUACAAAUGUGUCUUUAAAUGUAUCAAUCGUUAUAGUUUCUUGUAUGUAUUCCUAUAUUCAGCAAAGGGGAGGGGAAAAAGCAAUUGAAAAAAAGCAAUUGAAUCUGUCUCUCUGGGCUCUGGAUAACAGUCAUCGAAAUGUUAUUCUCAACUUACAGAAUGCAAACACGUCCAUCAUCACCUACAUGCAGAGGUCAUCUCAUGCACAAUCAGGGCUAUAGAAUGCUGCAGUGCGUAUGAACAGCUUUGAACACUUGCUGGGCCAUUUAUGGCAGAGGUGCAGAAAAGAGGCAAAUAGUUAAGUUAAGAUUAAUAUUCAUUUAUCUUAACUAUUUUUAUAUAUUAGCAUGAUUCUUCUUAUCUUUUAUAAGUCAGAUUCUAGUUUGCUCUUUUAAAAACCCAGUUAUAAAACUAUUCCUCCAAAAAUGUGUUAUCCCUCUGAAUUAUUCCUUCUCAAUUCAAAUUUCCUGGGCUAAACUAUUAUAAUUCUUAGGUAGCACACAGUUGAACCAUUUUACUGUGGUCAAUAUACAACCAGGAUUAAACCCAUUCUGAUUCCCAGGUGCAGGGAUAUAUAGACAUCAUUUAGAAUUAAAAUCCUUCGCAUGCUCUGUUACAAUAGUGCAACUUGCCUAAGGUUUACCUAGUAUCCACUGUAAUAGGUAUCCAAAGUAAUAAAUUGAACUAUAAUGAUGUAGGCCUUUAUAUUGAAGUACCGUGUGUAUGGAAACAAAUAUACAGGCCUUAAACUUUAGCUAUCAACAUGUCAGAAUUCAUCUUUACAGCAGCAUAUCAUGCAUUUCAGAAAAAAAUGACUGAAAACAAAGAUCUUUGAUCCACAUUGGGACUAGGAUUUCACAAUGAACUACCUCUCUAGAGAAAUCAAGUCAUAAAAUUCUUAUUCUGCAGUUACAUACAUGCAUACAAAAGUGAUAAAACAGUUUAGAAAGAAGCCAGCCACCAUGAAAUACAACUCAAUAUUUCAAGGCCAUCAAAAUACGAAGUAGCAACCCUUUCAGAAUAAAACAUGGGAAAUGUUUCUUUCCAGCCUCAAAAAUUCUCCCCAAUAUCAGUAUCCAAAUUAUGCAGUAUGACACAAUUUAGCCACUCAAUAGUCAGGAUACAAGUGAAGUGUCAAGAGAUGAGGAGGAAAAUAGGAGUUCUGCUACAAAAAAGUUUAGAGGUUUCUCUUUAAACAUUGAUAUAAUUGACCUUUUACUGCAUUAUCUAUACAAAACUGAUGUAAAUGGCACAUUGCAUUAUAUGUGCAUUUGUUGUAUAUAGGUUCCAGAGCAGGCGUGUCCAAUCCGUGUGUGGCCCUGGAAAACUAGUAAUCCAACUCAAGAUUGUAAAAUUUUAACAUUAUGUGAUUUAUAUACAUUGUUUUAUAUGCAGCUCAAGAUCAUUCCUCUUCUCUCAGUGCAGCCCAGGCAAGCCAAAGGUUGGACACCCAUGCUC